AUGGAUGUUUUAAUGAAGGGGCUUUCUAAAGCUAAAGAAGGAAUGGCAGUGGCCGCAGAGAAAACCAAGGAAGGCGUUGCAGUCGCGGCUGAAAAGACCAAGGAAGGCGUGAUGUUCGUGGGCAGCAAGACCAAAGACAGUGUUGCAACAGUGGCUGAGAAGACGAAGGAACAGGCUUCACAGCUCGGAGGUGCUGUUAUAUCUGGUGCUGGGAACAUUGCUGCUGCUACUGGUCUGGUGAAGAAAGAUGAGUUUCCCACUGACAUGAAUCCUGAGGAGUUUGGUCAGGAAGCCACAGAGGAACCAAUGGGCGAGCCCCUAAUGGAACCAGAGGGUGAGACAUAUGAUGAAACUCAGCAGGAGCAAACCCAAGACUAUGAGCCAGAGGCAUAA